AUGGAUGACGACGACGACGACGAUGACGAUGGCAACAACGACAACCAAAACAACGACGUCGACGAUGACGACGAUAACGACGACGACGAGGCCAACAACAACUACGACGACACUGACCACAACAACAGCAACAGCCAGGAUACGACGAUCACGCACGACAAUGAGUGCGACGACGACGGCGACGACGACGAGGACGACGAGGACGACGAGGACGACGACGACGACGACAACGAUAGCGAUGGCAACGAUGACGCCAACGACAACAACAACGACUACUACAAUGACGACAACGACGACGACAAUGACGACGACGAUGAUGACAACGACGAAGACUAUGACGACAACGAAGACAAAUACAUUGACGAUGACGACAUCGUGAUGAACAACGGCAUAAACGACGACGACAACGUGACGACCAACAGAAGUACAACUAUACCGGACGUGGUCAUCUUCUCGACCAGCUCAGAAUUGAGGCAACGCCGAGUGAUCGAUGCCUCGGCGUUCCUCUUGUUUGAUGCUCGGUACGGGCGCUUCAUCACAGCAACGUGCACAUGCUCGUAG